AUGGGUGGCAUAUUCAGUUUAUUUUCUCGCUUAUUUGGGAGCAAGGAACGCAGAAUUCUCAUCUUAGGCUUGGAUGGAGCUGGGAAGACAACAAUUCUGUAUAGAUUACAGGUUGGUGAAGUAGUGACAACUAUUCCAACCAUUGGAUUUAAUGUGGAAACUGUAGUUCACAAGAAUCUGAAAUUUCAAGUAUGGGAUUUAGGCGGUCAGACGAGUAUUCGACCUUAUUGGCGAUGUUAUUAUUCAAAUACAGAUGCUAUUAUCUACGUGGUUGAUAGCAUGGAUCGUGAUAGAAUGGGUAUUUCAAAGCAAGAAUUAUUCUCAAUGCUUGAAUUGCCGCCUAUCUACAAUCUAAACUAUGUACAAAAGCAUGAAAUCACAUAGAACAUUUGAUAAAUAUACUUUCUACUCAAUUGAAGUGUAAAUCGAUCGGAACUAUAGAUGGUUACAUAGGUCAGGAGUUAACAGAAUUUUUUAAUAAUUGUUAUAAUAUUAGUAUGGGAGAAAUCGUCAGCAAGGCGUAUCUGCAACCUUGACGAGUGCCAAAUAGCACAAAGCCUAGGUCCAAGGCUUCUCGCCGAUUACCUCCAACCAUCUAAUUUCAUCAAAUCAGUGUGCACCGUGAUGGCGAGUUACCUAGAAUGAUGACCAUAUUGCAAACCUGACUGGUAGGAUUCAGUUUGCGCCAAAGAAAGGAAUAGACGCACACAUUAGUUACUAGUGUCAAAUCAAAAUAGAGCAUUAUCAGCAAGAUAGGCUUACAUAACUGCAGAAAAUAUGUUUUGUUAUACAAUAACAGGGAAAGGAGUAAAAUGAGUGCUUUUCAGACGAAAGAAACAAAUUUUCUCAACUCAACAGCAACAGCGGAUAUGGGAGAGAGCAUGAGAUAUAUUCAAGAUGGUCUAAAUUUUGUUUUGUAAGUUUAAUCACCAAGUGUUAGCGCAAGGUUCACCACUGUGUUUCUUUUUGCCUACAUAGAUUUGGUUUUCA